AUGACCACCACCAUCCGCCAGUUCACCUCCUCCAGCUCCAUCAAGGGCUCCUCUGGUCUGGGGGGCGGCUCGUCCCGCACCUCCUGCCGGCUGUCUGGCAGCCUGGGCCCUGGCUCCUGCAGGCUGGGGUCUGCGGGGGGCCUGGGCAGUGCCCUCGGGGGCAGCAGCUAUUCGAGCUGCUACAGCUUUGGCUCUGGCAGUGGUUACGGCGGCAGCUUUGGGGCCGUGGACGGGCUGCUGGCGGGUGGGGAGAAGGCCACCAUGCAGAACCUCAACGACCGGCUGGCCUCCUACCUGGACAAGGUGCGCGCCCUGGAGGAGGCCAACACUGAGCUGGAGGUGAAGAUCCGGGACUGGUACCAGAAGCAGGCCCCGGGGCCCGCCCGUGACUACAGCCACUACUACCAGACCAUCGAGGACCUGAAGAACAAGAUCCUCACGGCCACCGUGGACAAUGCCAACAUCCUGCUGCAGAUUGACAACGCCCGCCUGGCAGCUGAUGACUUCCGCACCAAGUUUGAGACGGAGCAGGCCCUGCGGGUGAGUGUGGAGGCCGACACCAAUGGCCUGCGCAGGGUGCUGGACGAGCUGACCCUGGCCAGGGCCGACCUGGAGAUGCAGAUCGAGAACCUCAAGGAGGAGCUGGCCUACCUGCGGAAGAACCACGAGGAGGAGAUGAACGCCCUGCGAGGCCAGGUGGGUGGUGAGAUCAACGUGGAGAUGGACGCCGCCCCCGGCGUGGACCUGAGCCGAAUCCUGAACGAGAUGCGCGACCAGUACGAGAAGAUGGCGGAGAAGAACCGCAAGGACGCCGAGGACUGGUUCUUCAGCAAGACAGAGGAGCUGAACCGCGAGGUGGCCACCAACAGCGAGCUGGUACAGAGCGGCAAGAGCGAGAUCUCCGAGCUCCGGCGCACCAUGCAGGCCUUGGAGAUCGAGCUGCAGUCCCAGCUCAGCAUGAAAGCAUCCCUGGAAGGUAGCCUGGCUGAGACAGAGAACCGCUACUGCGUGCAGCUGGCCCAGAUCCAGGGGCUGAUCGGCAGCGUGGAGGAGCAGCUGGCCCAGCUGCGCUGCGAGAUGGAGCAGCAGAACCAGGAGUACAAGAUCCUGCUGGACGUGAAGACGCGGCUGGAGCAGGAGAUCGCCACCUACCGCCGCCUGCUGGAGGGCGAGGAUGCCCACCUGACUCACUACAAGCCCAAAGAACCCGUGACCACACGCCAGGUGCGCACCAUUGUGGAAGAGGUCCAGGAUGGCAAGGUCAUCUCCUCCCGCGAGCAGGUCCACCAGACCACCCGCUGA